AUGACAUUGAUAAAAGAAAACAGUGAAACAGAGUCUGCAGUUUUUGCUUUGAAGUGCAAAUUAUGUAACUAUAUAACACGUCUGAAAUGUAUCUCAAAAACACAAGAUAUUAAAGGAAAGAUAUUUCGGUCACUUUCACCGCCUAAAGCUAUCCUAACUUUGCUUGACUUCUCCAAACAGUAUCAAGAGUUUGACUGCACACCAUGUAGAAAUCGAGGAAAGUCCACUUCCUCAAUGUACUGGUGCUUUGAUUGCACUGUUUACCUCUGUGACGAAUGUUAUCUAUUUCAUUCUUCUUUACCCAUCCUUGCAAAUCACAAAACUUAUAAAAGGGAAGAGAUGGCAGAUAUAACAACACUACUUUCUUCAGCACGAGAUAUAUGCAAUCGUCACGCCUUACGUCUCACUCGAGUAUGCAAAUCUACUGGGAAUAUAUGCUGUGAUACAUGUAUUUCCUGUGCCCAUAUGGAUGUCUGCGCUGGAGAACAUAAAGAUAUAUCAGAAAUAUCAAGUAUGGUUGAUCCCAAACUGUCGGCUCUGAAAAUUUCCAUCGAAACACUUCUCGAUGAAAUAAAAAGAAUUUUCACCGAUGCAUCUGAGGUUGAAUCAACGAUUUUAAAUUUUUUUAAAACCAAUCUAAGCACCUUAAAAACUCUGGGUGAUACUAUAGAAAAAAACAUUCUGGAGAAAACAGAUUUGUUUCUGGCAGAGUCUUACAAAAUUGCUUAUUUUAAGCUACAUGAAUUAGAGUCCAAUUCCAUUGCUCUGCGACGAAAAAAAUGUGUGUUGGAAAAUGCACAAAGCAUAAUAUCAGUUUCUCGGGCCAGCUCUGCAAUCCGUAGAUUCCUUGAGAAAAAGAAAGUAAAGAAUACUUCUUUAGAAGUACACGAAUUUGUCGAAAAAAUUAAGGAAGAGGAAAUUCAAAACAUUUCCAUUUUCUUUGAUCCAUCUUUGAAAAAAUUGUUGAAAUUAGCCACUUUUGGAACAUUUAGGCAAAGACAAUCUGAAGAAUUGCCAAGCGUUAAAGCCCAUACAGAUACAAAACAGGAAAACUCAAACAUUAUCAGUCGAUGGGCAAGUCAAAUAAAUGUUCGUACAGGAGAAGAAAAUAUUGGGUUGUUAAAGCGAGCCUCUAGCGAAUUAAAUCUACCAGCUGAAUCUUCGCAACAUUUUAGCUGUGAAACGGAAACAAUAUCCGAACAAUGUAGUUGUUCAUCUGUUGUGAGAAUAUUACAGUUUGGAGGAAGAGAAUACAUACUUUCAAAUUCUAUAAACAUAGAAAGUGGAUAUUCUCACGUUACGGGAUGUGACUGGAAAUCAGAUAACGAAAUAAUCAUUGCCGAUGCUGCUGUAAAGGGGAGACCAGAAGUCCGAAUAUAUAACACAAAAAAUGGUACAUUAAAGCAAAAGAUACCUUUAAGUUAUAAACCAUAUGAUGUAGCCGUCCUGCCCGACAGUAACUUUGUCAUGACAUUCCCGAAAGAAGAGAAAUUAUUAAUCGGCAGUUUUGGGGAUCUUAGUUCCAAAAGAUUCGUCGAUGUUUCAAUUAAUUGUUAUGGUGUAUGUCACUGGGGAAAAGGGACAAUUAUUGCUGGCAAGGACAAUAUAGUGUUCUGCGAUAUUGAUUUUGAUGAAAUAAAAACAUUAACUGUUGACGGAGAUGAUGUCAGAUAUAUCUGUGCGUACAACAAUAAUUUAAUUUUUUACACCGAUUUGCAUAACAACGAAAUCUGUAGCGUUAUUGGAAAUGGCGAUAAUCGAUUCACGUAUGACGAUACCGACCUCAAGGGACCAGCAGGAAUUAUUCUUGAUGAAUACAAAAACGUGUAUGUUUGUGAAAAAGGUUCUGAAAAUCUUAUUGUUUUGAACAAAGGUGGAUCAUUUCUUAAAAAGUACAACGUUGGAAAGAAUCCAACGGCGAUAUCACUUUCCAAAGACAAAACAAAAAUAUGCAUAGUUAGGGGAGGGCGUCACUCAAAUAAUGUAGCAGACAUAUAUGCUUCAAAUUAAAGAUAAUUUUGCAAGGUAUCCCCUGUAUCCUUAUGAUCAGCUUAAUCAAAUGAAGUUACCUUGAUGCUUUUACACAAAAUAAAGAACAAGAUGACCAAUGACAGGG